GCAAGCAAUUGCCAGGCAGCUGGCAAGGACAUAAAUAGAAAGGAAGAAAGGCAGGAAGGGCAACAGAAAUGGGCAGCUUCGAGGUGUGGGCGACCAUCGUAGCUUCUUUCCUGAUCGAGCCAGUGCGGACGAAGGUUGCUGAUCUCUUGCGCGAUUACAGGUACAUGAAAGAUGAGUGCAACAAAGUUGACGAGGCUCUAGAUCGCCUGGGCCCGGUGUUGAAGCUGUUGCAAGGGGAGGAGAGGAGGGUGGUAGGUGAUUCUCUCUCCUCCACUCGAUGCAAGGGGCUCGUGGAAGACUUCAAGAACUGCAUGUGGGAAGACCUUGAGGACUGUCAUUCUCUCCUGAUCGACGCCGAGAGAUGCGCGCAGAGCGCCCUCGGAAGAUGGAGAGCUACGGGAAAGAUGCGCAAGGCAGCGGAUAAGUUGUCCGCCCUGCUGGAGUCUGCCACGUGGAAGCAGCUGCUGCGUGAUAGACAGGCCAAUCAAGCUGCAGAGGAGCAGAAUGUGGCCAAUUCGGACUCGGAAGUGGAAUCGGCCCCUCCCACGAUCACGCUCCGAGCGGACGGCAAGCUAUGUGGCGACGACGACGACGCUGCUGAUGACAACGGCAACCGUCGCCCACUGUUCCGAUCAGACCCUCCUGCCCAUGCAAGUUCGGCGGCAAAGGGUUGUGCGGAGAGUGGCUGUGGGAGGGGAAAUGGAGAAGAAAGCUUCCCACCAAAACAACAACAACAACAACAACAACAACGAGGAGCACGACGACGAAGAGGAGGAAGAGGAGGAGGAGGAGGAGAAGAUGAAGUAGGGACGACGGAAGCGUGUAAACAGAGCAGAGAAGCAGAGACGACCAAUUGGUCGGAGGUGUCGAAGGAGUCUCCCGCGAAGAUCAAGAUCGUGGAUGGCCGGCCCCACGUGGGCGAACGCCUGUUCGGCAUUUCCAAGCAGAUCGAGAUGAUCGCAAAGGAGCUGGUGGAUAGCGACAAUGGAGGGAAGGUUGUGUGCAUCUUGGGCCCGCAGUUGCAUCAGCAGACCGCCUCCCCAUCACCUUGUCCUCGGGGGCAGCUUGAAGCAGCAAUGGCGGAAACCACCACGAUGAGCACGACGACGGCGACGACGACGACGACGACGACGUGGACGUCGACGACUAUGGGAAAGGGAUCGAAGCCUGGUGCUGACCUGGUGGAUGACACGGAGGACAGCCCCAAAUCGGGCGCGCAGAAGGACAGGUGGGUAAGGGAGGUGAAGAAAUGGGAGGGGAUUGACAGCUCCGGGGGCUUGUCGGUGGAGAGCGAGGGGGCAGCAACAGUGACUGUGGGCGCCAUGGGAGCGGCCGGUGUGGGGAAGUCGACGGUGGCACGCAAUGUUGUGAAAAUGCCAGCGGUGCACAGCUACUUCGACGACGGCGUAUUUUGGCUAAGUAUCGGCCAACAGGGAGACAUCCUCAGCCUUCAACGAACCCUCUGGAGAGACUUAUGCAAGUCCGACAGAGUGUUCAUUCCCUUCGAGGAGGAGGACGACGGCAUGCACAGAUUGGAGAGGAAACUGCGAGGCAAGCGAGUGUUGCUGGUGCUCGACGACGUGUGGACGUACAAGCAGCUGGAGCUGCUGUCGGUAGUGGAUAUGGCGGCCGGCAGCAGGAUCCUUCUCACCACGAGGAACGAGGAGGUGCUGUUCAAGAAGUGCGGCGAGAGCCUCCUGAUCGUCCAUCGACUGCAGCUGCUGCACGAUGACGUGGGCAUGCAACUCUUCUGCUGGGAGGCCUUCGGCAAGGAAGGAGCCCCCAUGGGCGACAGGAGGGCGAAGUUGGCGAUGUCCGUGUGCCGGAUGUGCGGCGGGCUGCCCCUGGCGCUGAAGAUGGCGGGUCGGUCUCUGAGGAAUGCUGACCUUGACAAGUGGGAGUGGACCUCCAGGCUGCUGCGAGAGGCGAAGCGCACUGAGGUGAGGGUCCGCAUCUUCCGAGACGACGUCCGCUUGAUGGCCAUCUUGACUUGCAUGCUGGACUCUCUCGAUCGGCUGGACAUGCGCCUUCGGUUUCUCUUCCUCGAUGUGGCCGCCUUCCCCGAGCACUACGCCAUCCCCGUGAGGACGGUGCUGCGCAUGUGGGCCGUCGACCCGUUCGUCGGAUCCAUAGAAGAGGCUGCGAGGUUGCUGUGGCUGCUGGCAGAGCGCGCUAUCAUCCGGCUGCACGAAGGACGAAUCGGAGGCCCGGGAGGCGACGAGUGGCCGGCAGCAGUUCUGCAUCACGACAGGGCUGGCUGUAGCUGCACGGAGUGCAACGAGCUGUCCCCUCCGCCGCCCAACGGUUCUCAGACGCCGCGCAGCGUAGCCGCCGUUGGAUCGAGCCCUCCCUGCACCGCUUGGCGCGCAAGCCGAUCCCAAUCCCUGACCUUUUCGGUGCACAACGCAGUUCGGCACCUGGCCCUUUCGGAGAUCGAAAGGGUGCAGAGCAAACACAGCAGAUGGAAACACGUCUUCUUCCCCGGUUGCAGAGACCAAGGUACCCUGCUGCUGCGCACCUUCACCAACGCCGUCCGCUUGUCGUUGCAUUCCAGCCACAUCACCACGCUGCCGGCUGACAUCUCCAUGCCCAAGCUGCAGGUCAUGCUGGUCAGCGACAACCCCAUCGACAGAUUCCCCCGUUCUGGGUUCAAGGACGUCACCGCUCUGCGCGUUCUCGACAUCGAGAACUGCUUCCAACUCAGGGCUCUGCCCAGCUGUCUGGGAAAGCUGCGACACCUCAAGGUUCUGAAUCUGCGCUGCUGCUCCAGCUUGGAAGCCUUGCCGUCUGGCAUUGGAGGUCUGAGGGAGCUGGAAGUCCUCGAUUGCUCUCACUGCGCCGACCUACGCCUCGUCCCCGACUCCAUAGCCAAAUGCUCCAGCCUUCGCACGCUCCAUUUCGACGGAUGCUGCUCUUUGAGAACCAUGCCUCUAGCUCUCUCGCUACUGCCAGAGCUGCAGAUCCUCGACCUCAGAAACUGCACCCAGCUGGAACGAUUCGCGACCCAGAGCGAUGCAGGCGCGCCCAGCUCGCCUGCGCCGGCAGGACAUGGCAUGUUUGCUUCGCUCGUAGAGCUGGACAUGACUGGGUGUGUCGACCUGCACGUAUUCCCCGACUAUGGCGAUGGCUCGUUUCCGAAGCUGAAAAGCCUGAGGUUCCGCUGCUGCGUCAAGCUCCAGUGCUUGCCCAAGUCCCUCCGGUUUUGUAAGGAAUUGGUGGCGCUGGACGUCUCGCAUUGCCUAAGUCUGUACAUAGUGCCCAUCGAGCUGGACUACAGUCGGCCAGACAGUUUCCCCAACCUGUCAAUCAUCAACGACGAAGGGCUGCGCGCCUCCGUACGGACUCUCUUUGCACGCAUCUUGAGGAAGAAUGCAUGCCCCGAUGCCUACCUGUAUUAGGCUAUUAGCUGCUGGUUGCAACCCCUUUUCCUUUUAGCGACAGUAGAAUGUGGACUUCAACUUCCCAUACCCUAGGAUGCU